UUCUCACCUCUGCACUGCGCUCAUCGUGGUUCCUGUGCCAGGGCCGGGGUUGAGGGCCAGGGGCCACCUGCCUUCCUUGCUGGGGCCUAGUUAAUUAUAACUCUGACCUCAGUGCCCUGUGACGCUGGCCCAGUGGCUAGGGCUGGCCUUGCACGGGAGACUGACCCAGCAGCCAGGUAGGGGAGUAGAAGGCUCCGUGUGGUGGGGGUGGGCCCUGGGACAGGGCUGGGAGGGCCAGCCGAGGAGUAUUGGACCCCUGUCCUGGCAGGUGGCUGUCCCUUCUGGCAUGAUGAGGUCUCCAGGUUGUCAGCAAUGGGAGGAGGAGCCAGGCUGGAGCGAAUACAUUUAAGGAGGUGGCCAGAGGAGGUGCCCUGCAGAAGAGCCCGGCUGGCCAGGAGCUGCUGCCGUGAGCCUGCUGUGCCCUGGGCCCAUGUCUCAGCCAUGCUCCCUGUGGGGGUGCCCCUGGCCUGCCCAGGCCCCUCAGUGCUGGUGCUGCUGCAGCUGCUCCUGUCUCCCACAUCUGCCUUCUUCCCCAAUAUCUGGAGCCUUCUGGCCGCCCCUGGCUCCGUCACCCACCAGGACCUGACCGAAGAGGCGGCACUGAACGUCACCUUGCAGCUCUUCCUGGAGCAACCGCCCCCGGGGCGGCCCCCACUUUGUCUCCAGGACUUCCUGGGCCACACCCUGCUUGCUGACGACCUCUUUGCUGCCUACUUUGGACCUGGGGCUCCUUCCCGGCGGUUCCGAGCAGCCCUAGGAGAGGUGUCCCGUGCCAAUGCAGCCCAGGACUUCCUGGCAACUUCCAAGAACGACCCUGACCUGCACUUUGAUGCUGAGCGGCUGGACCAGGCACGUGAACGACUGGCAGGGGCUCUGCGGGAGACCCUGGUGGCUGCUGGAGCCCAGGACCACACGCUGGCCCGCCAGCGCCUGGGGGCUGCACUGCACGCCCUACAGGAUUUCUACAGCCACAGCAACUGGGUGGAGCUGGGGAAACAGCAGCCACACCCUCACCUCCUCUGGCCCCGGAGGCGGGAGCUCUGGACCCUGGCACAAGUGGACGACCCUACCUGCUCCGACUGUGAGGAACCGAGCUGCCCUGGCAAUUUGCUGAGCUCCAGCCUCCUUACUUCUGGCUACUUUGGAACUCACCCUCCCAAACCCCCAGGGAAGUGUAGCCAUGGGGGCCGUUUCGACCUGAGCAGUGCCCAGCCACCCCGGGGAGGCAUCAACAAGGACAGCACGGCCCCCGGCUUCUCCCCGCACCAUGCGCUGCACCCACAGGCUGCGCAGCUGGCCCUGCUGGCCUCCAUCCAGGCCCUCAACCUCCUGCGAGGCCGCCUGGGUGACAAGGGCUUUUCCAGGCUGUUGGACCUGACCACGGCCUCCAGCCUGAGCUUCGUCCUGGACACCACGGGUAGCAUGGGCGAGGAGAUCAAUGCCGCCAAAAUCCAGGCUCGCCGCAUCAUGGAGCAGCGGCGUGGCGGCCCCAUGGAGCCUGCCAGUUACGUGCUGGUGCCUUUCCACGACCCAGACUCGUCUCCCUGUGUGGCUCAGGCCGGCCUGGCCUCCCGAGUCUGGGAUGCAGUGAGCACCUCCACGUGGGCAGAAAGGAGAUUUGCAUCACACAUCUCAGCCUCCUCCACCUGCCUAGGGUUCGGCCCAGUCUUCACCACCAGUGAUCCUCACACCUUCUGGCAGCGACUGAAUGAGAUCCAGGCCUUGGGGGGUGGCGACGAGCCAGAGAUGUGCCUGUCUGCCCUGGAGCUGGCCCUGCUGCAUACGCCGCCGCUCUCCGACAUCUUUGUCUUCACCGAUGCCUCCCCCAAGGAUGCCUUUCUCACCAAUAGGAUCGAAUCCCUGGCCCAGGAGCGGCGCUGCAGGGUGACUUUCCUGGUGACUGAGGAUCCGUCCAGGGUCCAGGGACGAACCCGGCGUGAAGUCUUGUCGCCGCUGCGUUUUGAGCCAUAUGAAGCAGUGGCACUGGCGUCUGGAGGAGAAGUGAUCUUCACCAAAGACCAGCACAUUCAGGAUGUGGCGGCCAUUGUUGGAGACAGCAUGAGUGCCCUGGUGACCCUUCCCCUGGACCCUCCCACCCUGGUCCCUGGGAGGCCAUCUGUGUUCAGCGUAGACGGGCUGCUCCGCAAGCUCACUGUCCGGGUGCAUGGGAAGGUCUGCGGCUUCCGGAUCAGGAGCCCUGCAGGGGUGUCUCAGGACCACGAGGAAGGUAUGGGCGCUCUAGGUCACACACGCCGCUUUGGCCAGUUCUGGCUGGUGACCAUGGCAGACCCCCCCGAGACAGGGAUUUGGGAGAUCCAGGUCACAGCUGAGGACACCCCUCGAGUGAGAGUGCAAGCUCAGACCUCCCUGGACUUCCUGUUCCACUUUGGGGUCCCCAUGGAGGACGGACCCCACCCUGGCCUCUACUCCUUGGCUCAGCCAGUCGCAGGGCUUCCGACCCAGCUGCUGGUGGAGGUGAUUGGGCUGGGCUCCAGAGGCAGUCCUGAGGAGGAUCCACCGCACUUCUCCCACGCCGUCCUUCGAAGGCUCCCGGAGGGCACUAAGCUGGGGCAGGUACCCCUGGCGCCCAAGGGACCGGCAGAGCGAGGCCUCCUCUCGGCCUCACUGCCGCCCGCACUGCUGUCUGCGCCCGGCGCCUUUGCCCUGGAGCUGGUGGGCCAGGACGGAGGCGGCCAGAGCCUGCACAGGGCUGCGCCCCAGCCUUGCUCCGUAGCUCCAGUCCUUCUGGAGCUCAGCGGCCCCCCGGGUUCCUUGACCCCGGGCAGCAAGGUCGCGCUCAGCCUCCGUGUCGCCAGCUUCUCCGGCUUCCAAGAUGUGGAGCUCAGGACGUCUGUGCGCCCUAGCUUUCCGCUCAUCUCCAACCUCUCCAGGGUCCACGUGGGGCCCAACGAGGCUACCUGGGGGCGUCUGUGGCUGGAAGUCCCGGAGGCCGCAGCCCCGGACUCCGUGGUGCUGGUGACUGUGGCCGCGGUGGGUGAAGCCGGCACUGCGCCCUCGGCCCACGCCUACCUGCGGCUGGUGGUGCUGGACCCGGCCUCCCAGGCCCAGCUCAACUUCCCCACCGACUCGGAUCCCGCCGCGAACCCCAACUCCCACCCCGCCGCCACCUCCGACCCCGCCGCCUACUCCGACCCUGCAGCCACUUCUGACCCCACCGCUUCCUCCCCCCUUGCUGCUCCGGGGAUCGCUGUCGCCUCUCGCGCCCCUGCUUGGCAGGCUGCGGCCGGGGCUGCGGGGCGGCGAGGGGGCCGGCCCAGCUGGGACCUCAGGGCCAUGCUUCUCCUGCUCGGCCUGGUCGUCUGCUGACAUCUCGGCCAGGGAUGGGUCCCACCAAACUCGACCCCCCGCCCUGCUGUACCCCAGGAGGGGCGGAGAGCACCUGCCCAGGCUCCGUCUCUAGCACCGGAAAACAAACAAAAACCCGCAGCCGAGAAGAGGGGCGCUUCCUGUAGCCUUUAUGGAAACCGAGCCAGAGCCUCCAGGGUUUCCGCAGAGGUCGCCUUCGGUCUGGGCAGCAGCAUUAUCCCAGCCAGCGCAUGCGCGCCCAGGCCCGGGGUGGUGGGGUGGCGGGGUGGGCGGGUCCCAGCGGUCCUGAAUGACUGGGUCCUUAGAGCAAAUCCCGAAGCAGCUGCUAUCUUAGCUUUGUGUUGGAAGCCAGGAGGUUCCCAUGAGCCUCUUCUCCACACUGGUGUCCGUACCUAUUUACUUAUUUAUUCAUUCUCAGGACUGGGCGUUGACCCAGGGCCUCUGCUCUGAGCACAUCCCCAGCGCUUUUUUUUUUUUUUUUUGGUCUUUUUCAUUUUUAUCGGUACCAGGGAUCGAACUCACGACCGCCUGCUUGCAAGGCAGGUGCUUAUGCCGCUGAGCUAAAUCCCCAGCCCCGAUCCCCAGCGCUUUUAAAAAACGUUUUGAUUUUGGAACAGUUGCUUGACAAGGCGCGGAGCUAUCCGCCUCCCGGGUACUGCCUCUCCGGCUGGCCUGGUCAGGAGGGUGCAGGGGAGAGAGAGCCGGAGGGGAGCUUUACACUUAGAAGGGGUCUGGCCACCAGGGACCCUGACCUGAGGCCAAGAUGGGGCUGCUGGGUUAAGGCAGGGAGCUCUGCCUGCCUCAGCCUCCUGAGGGACCGAGGAUUCACACAAGGGUAGUGCGGCCCCGCGGAGCCUUACCCCCCUCGCGCUGUGGGGCUCCGUUGUGCCGCCUCAACAUCUCCUGGAAGAGAGGACGGAGACAAACGAGCAUCUGCAUUCGCCCUACUCCCUGCUGACCCGCUGCACCCCACGCUGUGCUGAGGCCUUUCCUUCCCUCCCUGGCUGCCGGGAAGCAGCCUGGGCUGCAGCCACAGUGGGAGAUGGAGCACCGGAGUCCCGAGGCUUCCAGUGAAGCUGGUGCUGACCCCAGCACCUCUUCACCCCCAGCAGUUCCCCCCCCCUUCCCUAAAAGCACGGACUAAAGACAAUAAACGCACCUCGUCUUGAA